CUUUCAUGCAUUUAACACAUUGAAAUGUUGUUGUUCACAGUCAGGGACUGUUUUUUUCUAGUAGAAGGAUUUCUUUUUAUUGAUUUAACUUCAUGAAAGUUGCACUAAUAUUUUUUUUACUUUAAUAUUGGGUGGUAACUGUUAUCCGCUUCGCGUCGUGCCUAACAAUGACUUUCAGCCGUUACUUAUUUACGAUACAGGACAGCCUCUCGUACCUUAUUGCUUACUUAUAAAGUAGAUAGAAAUUUUUCCUGAGAUUUUUACUGGUACAUGUUUCUCUUGGUAGGUCUUGUGCCUCUGAAUUGUAUUUGGAUUGUGUUAAUGACAGUACAGUACAGUGUCUGUGAAUAGAGAAUGACACUUCAAACAGGUGACACAGAUCAAAAUAUCAUUUACAUUUAGUUAUUAUUUCUUCAUGUCUUACUCAAUUUGAGUAAGUUUCACUCAUAUUUUAAUUAACAAAAUAACCUUUAGGCUAUAAAGGAACAGUAUUUUAUAUUGUUUAAUUACAUUACACCUAUAAUAAUGUAAAACCUUAAAUCGUGGUAAAGAGGUUUAAAAAAUGUUAUUCAUUAUAAUGUUAUUAACCAGUAGCAGUGGUUCUCAUACUGUCAAUUUGUUAAAAGACAAAUAGUCUUUUCCAUGAUAUUAGAAGUGACCAGGAAAGAGUUAAAAUGUAAAUUAAGCGGGUGUUGUAAUUUCACGUCUUGACCGCUAGAUGACAGCAGAAACCACGAACUUCGGUCUAACACUUAAAAGCCUUUAAAUUGCGCGAGUUUACAGACAAUUUGGAGGGAAAAUUAUUAAUUAUAACUUGUUUUUUCCCUCAGACUUAAUGAAAAUGAAUAAUUUGAUAAACUCUUCACGUUACUGUAACAUAAUGUCAUUAAGAAACUUUUUUUAACGAGAUUGUAAGGACCAUGACAUCUAGAACACAGGUCAAAUAUAUAAUAUUACAAUAUUGCACACUUCUUUAAAUGUAAACAUUGUGAGAUAUUUUUGAACAGUUAUGUAUAUUUAAAUUCAAUAAAAUCUCAUGUGAUGCAUAAUAAAUUGACAAGUAAAAAUAAUUUCCCAAUAGUGACGUAACGAACUGGACAGCGACGCCCGCCUCUCUCAUUCAGUUCAUCUCUCUCUCUCUCUCUCUCUCUCUCUCUCUCUCUCUCUCUCUCUCUCUCUCUCUCUCUCUCUCUCUCUCUCUCUCUCUCUCUCUCUCUCUCUCUCUCUCUCUCUCUCUCUCUCGUCAGUUCUCUGUUUAAUCGUUCAGCUGAGCUCACAGAUCGGAUCGGAACUGUGUUGUGGUUGUCUGGCAGGAUCGGAUGGUGAUGAUGAUGAUUAUAAGAGUUUUGUUGGCUCUGCAGCUGCUGCUCGUGACUGUCGUGAACGCGCAUGGUAAUGUCAUCGUGCGUGAUGAAGAGUGGAUGUCCAGUGUUCACCAGUACAGCCGCAGCACCGUCACUCACCGCUUCAGAGAUGACGAUCACAUCCGGACACUGGAAAGUCCACAGGGCUCUGAUGAAAGUGUGGACGACACUAAAGAUCCGUGUGAGAAGGUCAGGUGUAGUCGUCAUAAAGUGUGCGUGGCUCAGGGAUACCAGCGAGCGAUGUGCAUGAACCGCAAGAAACUGGAGCACAAAAUCAAACAGUCUGGAUUGAAGCUUCAUGCAAACAACUGUAAACUCUGCCCAGAGGCGUCUGCUGGACCUGUCUGUGGAUCAGAUGGACACAGUUAUGUGUCACAGUGUAAACUGGAUCAGCAGGCGUGUUUGUCAGGUAAAGGUGUGUCUGUACUGUGUUCUGGUCCGUGCCCGUGUAUCAGUGACAAGAUUAAGACAAAAUCAGAUACUUCAUCUCAACCCAAACCAGAUGCGUGCACCGGUCAGGAUUUGGCCGAUCUGGGUGACAGACUCAGAGAUUGGUUUCAACUUCUUCAUGCAAACUCUAAACAGAUGAUUACUGUCAGUCGAGGGUUUGAUGCGAGUCUCGUGGCGGGCUGUAAGGACUCCAUCGGCUGGAUGUUCUCAAAACUGGACACCAGUAAUGAUCUGUUCCUGGAUCAGUCAGAGCUGGCCGCUAUAAACCUGGAGAAAUAUGAAGUGUGCAUUAGAGCGUUCUUUAACUCCUGUGACUCGUUCAGAGAUGGACGAGUGUCUACGGCCGAGUGGUGUCUGUGUUUCUGGAGAGAAAAACCUUCAUGUUUGGCUGAAAUUGAGAGGAUUCAGAUACAUGGAGCAUAUAAGAUGAAACCAGGUAUGUUUAUCCCGAGCUGUGAUGAAGAUGGUUACUAUAGGAAACUUCAGUGUGACCACAGUCGGGGUGAAUGCUGGUGUGUGGACCCACAUGGUACUGAAGCCAUCGGGUCACGGAUCCACGGAAACCCAGACUGUGAUGAGCUGAUGAGCUCUGGAGAUUUCAGCAGUGGUGUCGGAUGGGAGGAUGAAGAGGAGAAAGAGAUAGAGGAGAAUGAAGAGGAAGAGGAGGCAGAAGAAAGUGAUGAUGGUGGAUACAUUUGGUAAAAUAAUCAUCAUCAUCAUCUUCUGAUGAAGCCUACAGCCGCAUCACUGCUUUUCUUCAAUCCGAAUCAAAUUUUAGUACUUUAAUUUCAUGACUAGUGUCUGUAUUAGAGCUCCACAGCGCCCUCCAGUGGCCCGGAUCACUCAUUCGCUUUUAUCUGCAGGAGUUUUCAACCCAAAGGGAUGGACUAGAUUUGUCUGUGUUAAAGUCCACUGAUGCAGGCACAGACGGAUGUAUCAUUAACAGGGUAUUAAGUUUUAUGCAAGAUGAUUUAUGCAAAAGGACUUUCACUUCUGAAGAGCAGAUGAAACAUUUACUGUACACGCUUUGCCUAUUCAAUGUUAUGGUUUGGACACGGUUCAGUAUAAAGAUACACAGAAAUCAUCUCACGCUAUAACAGCACGAGUGUGAACGGGACAUUACUUUUACACAACAGCUCCAGAAACAAGAUGUGAGGGAUAAUCUGUGAAUAGCAACUUAAUAUCGUAAAGGCUGAAUAAUAAUAAUGAGUAACGGGCAUUCAAGGCCCAAUAUGGCCAGUUAUGAUGUUUAUUAAAUGUAGCAAACACAGACGAGUGUGUCAAACUGUGAAACCUUUUAGAAAUGUUAUCAACUAUCUGCAUGUACAGCAGACGCAACUGUUGUGUAAUUUAUCAUGAAAUAGACGAGACAAGCUGUUCAAAUGUGAUGAUCUUACACCUUUUCUUUCAGAAUUCUGGAGUGAUUUCGGUUUCUUGAAUGUACAACUUGAUGUGUUUAACACAAAUGUGCAUUUUCUGAACAUUUGUUUC